AGGACAGGAGGCGGCGGCGGCAUCAUCUUUCCCCUAGUCUAGGAAGGUCUUUCCGCAAAAGACACGAAGACAUUUUUGAGAAUUUACGGCUCCGUUUGCUGGGAGAGCGGAACUGCUCUCGGUGACGUCAUCAGAAGUGCGCGAGAAGGCCGCUUCCGGCGCGCCGGCACCAUAGAGGCGGGCGGAUAGAGCGGCCGCGGCGGAGGCGAUGCGGUACAACGAGCGGGAGCUGCUCUCGCUCUCCCGGCAGCCCGCCGAGAAGGCGGCCGAGAUCCUCAUGCGAGCCCCCAAGAAGGGCAGCGUACUGAAGAAGCGUUUGGUGAAACUGGUGGUCAACUUUCUGUUUUAUUUCCGAACCGACGAAGCUGAGCCUGUGGGUGCCUUGCUGCUGGAGCACUGCCAGAUCAAACAAGAGGAAGAAAAUGUCUUCUCCAUCAGCUUCCUUGAAGAGCUGGACAGGAAGUACUACUUUGAAUGUGAAACAGAAGACCAGUGUCGGGAGUGGGUAGAGGUGCUGCAGAAAGCCAGCUAUGAGUUCAUGAGAAACAGCUUGAUCUUCUACCGGCACGAGAUCCAGAAGAUGACCGGGAAGGACCCUUUGGAGCAGUACGGCAUCUCGGAGGAGGCUCGUUUCCAGCUAGGCGCCCGGAAGCUGUAACCCUGGUUACAGGGCUAAACUCCUGGCAUCAGUGGAGUUUGGCCAAUGUUCCUGACCACACCUCCAGCCAAAUUCCUACUCUCUGGUUCAGGCCUCUACACUGUGGAAAGUUGAUUGGGAGAGCUUCUCUCUCCUCUCUUCUUAAAGUGUACUUUAUAGCUUUUUUUUUUUUUUUUUAAAGGGAAUCCUUUCUCUGCACCCAUCCAACCAACUUCCUCCCAUUUCCAUCGUCUUUGCUCUUGGCCUCUUGCAGGCAGAGGCAGCCUUGAUGUUACGGGGGAGGAAACGGGGCAUUGCCAAGGAAGCAGCGCUAAGCUGGCCUUGCGCGGCUGCUUCCUUGGGAGGAAAAAAGGGGGCUUCCCUUCCUACAGGAGGACCAGGUCUCCCCUUUUCGUCCUCUCUCAAAAUCGCUUUGGCUCCAAACAACGUUGCAGAAAGUCACUGUCCUGGGCUGGCUUUCUGAAUGGUCAGCAGGCACACCCAGAGCUGUGACUUGCCUGGAAACCCAAGAUUAUUCUUGCACACUCCAGAAACAAACCCUUUUCAGGUCCCAAAGUGAUGCACGCUUUCAAGCCUGAAUUCAGAACAAGUUGGCCCCAACAGAAGCUUGGGCAACGCAAGUUGCAUCCGGAGUCUGUGCAGAGUCCAUUUUGGUCUCCGCUGCCAUCGGGGGGUUGUGCCUUGCCGGCAGCCUCUGUGGCGUGGCUGACAUUUGUGCCAAACACAAGCCCCUUUGAACGCCUUCCUGCGUGGCAAGCGGGCAGGGUAGCUGUUCUUCACAGCACAGGAAAGGGUUCUGCAGAGCCUUUAGAGGUCCAAAUUCUCUGUUGCUUCUCUACUUGUGGCCCAGUUAGCACAUGAACCGGCUGGGGUGGAUGCUACCCUCUUGCAGGGGCGAGGUGCACAUGCUCGUGGUGAUCUGAAAUAUCAAAAAAAGAACUUGGUGAUAGUAUCGCAGGAGUUGCAGCUUUCAGUGUGUGCUCAUGCUUCUGUUGUCCUGACCACUGGGCUGGCUGUGCUGCUUUUAAAACGACUAUAUUAAUGUGUUCCAAGGAAUGUAUUAAUGUGUUCCAAGGAAAACUGGUGAGAAGGUCUUCCAAAGAUCACUCUGCGGCGAGAGAGAGAGAGAGAGAGAGAGAAUAUAUAUGUGUUCACUGUUCCCUUAACCCUGACCCUUUCCUCUGGCAAAACUGAGUGCAAAUUUACUCUUAAUUGUUUACGGACACAGCUAAAGGAGGGGUGAGAACACAAAGAAAGCUGCAAGUGUGAGAAUACGACCACCCACUUUCCAUUCCUAGAGAGGGAGAUGUUGCUAGACCCCACUAUGUGCAAGAUGGUAGCCAGGGGGAGACCUGGCUCAUGGAUCCCCCUCUUUCCCCCCAACGGAGACUGCCUUGCCUGAAAGUAGAGCCUGCCCUGGGCUCCAUCCUAAGCUAGCCCCGGCUUCUUCUCUCCCCCACUUCCCAAACUGGCAGCUGAAUGUAUUCCAAACAUGCUGUGAAACUCCUGUGGGCCUUCUCGAAGCUUCCUUCGCCCGCCAAGCGUUCGAGGAGGGCGGGGAUCAGCCCAGGCUGCAUCACCUGGGUGGGUUUUUCCCCCUGAUGCAGAAUAUCUGGAAGCUUCAGAAGUUCAGGGGUGUACUUUUUACCGGUUUACAGCCACGGACUCGCCUGGGUUCGGGGCCCAGCGACAAGGUGGUGGUACUGCUGUCUGUUGUGCAACCCUGACCGCCUCCUCACUCCAGGGGCUGUACUUGUCGUGUGAAUCAUGGCAUUUCCUCUCCUCCUCCCCACAAAUAAACUGCCAUCUGUUCUUGGUUACAAUUGA